AUGGAGGUCCAUCAAUCUCAUUCAAGAUUCUUGACAUUUUUUGUUUGUUUGUUUCUGUUCCUCAUGCUGAGCCCGUGCCCUUUGGCUGCCGCUUCAGCCAGAAGGUGUCACUCCAUCUAUAAGGGUUUCGCCCAGUGUCUGAUGGCUCUGGGUGACAGUCUGACAGACAGCGCCCGCAAGGACGAGGACACGCACGAGAUACACUCCAUCUGCAGGUCGUGGGACGAGUUCCAUGACUGUGCUAAUGUGGCCAUGGCUGGCUGUCCAGAGGAAGCAGCAGCUGUCUGGGAGUCUCUCCGCCAGGAAUCCAAAAAGAUGCAGUUCUCCGGAAACCUCUACGACAUGUGCUCCAACCGAAACAACCACCCUGUCGCCUCAGUCACGCCACACGGAUCAUCCAACCAGGAAGAGAUCAACCAGGAGUCACUAAGAGGACACGCCAGCACUCCGGCAGGCUGCUUCCACUUUCUCAUGCUACUGUCUCCUCUGCUGCUGUUGUUGUUUUGGAUAUAA